AUGGCGCCGUAUCCUCAAUCUUCUGCUAAGCCCGGGGAGAGGUUCAUCUACGCACCACCCAGCCCACCUUUCCGCCAUUUGACAGAUGAGGAAGCCAGACACUUUGUGGAUCAUGGCUGGCUACGCGUCGAAAACGCAAUUGAUCCGGACAUCAUAGACCGGUGGAUGAAGGACCUUUGGGUCCGUUGCGGCUAUGAAGCUGGCGACAAAUCCACAUGGGCACAGGAAUAUCUCCACCUGCCCUUCCACCGGCAACUUCGUUACGAACAGUUCGCGCCGAAGGCAUUUGACAAAACCACAGACAUCAUCGGCGGUGUCGAAGCUUGGGACGACGAGCGAGAACGCUGGGUGGGGGACAACUUUGUGGUUAAUUUUGGUUCCGAGUCCAGGUCCCGAGAGUCAGACAAUGUCAAGUCACCCAAGGAGAAGGGCGGGUGGCACUGCGACAAUGACUGGUUCCGCCAAUUUCUCGACUCCUCGGGAACGACAUUGACGGUCAUCAACUGCUUCACGGAUAUUCCCCCAGGGGGUGGAGGCACUCUGAUAUGUGAGGAUGGAUUACGAGAGGUUUGCAAGCGACUUUAUGACCACCCAGAAGAUCUCGACCCUGCUCUUACCGCCAAUGAUCUGACCAUCGGCGUGCGCGAGUGCGAAGUAUUCCAGACUAUUGAGGCAAAGAAGGGCGACGUUUUUAUUCUUCACGGUCUCGUCCCGCACACAGCGAACUAUAACUAUCACCACUAUGCUCGCGUCAUCACCAACACCCAUGUCACAUUGAAGGAUCAUCUUUAUCUAGAUCGACCUGACAAUAAUUAUACCCUUGCGGAACAGGCCAUUCUUCGAGCACUGGACCGAGAGUCUGUCCCGGAGUUCAAGCCUACGCGCGAGCGAAAGUUUUGGUACCCGCGUAAAUUUUGCUUCAAGGAGAAGAGGAUCGAGGACGAGCUGAAGGCUAUGAAAGCUGCCGCAGCUGCUGAAGGAUUGGACGUCAGCAAGGUUGAUAGUAUUUGGUUGAGUGAGAAGGCUCGGUCUGAUUUCGCGAGGACGAAUGGAUUAUUGUUGCCAGUACAUGAAGAGGCUGGUUUUGAGACAGAGCAGCACUCGAUUCAGUAA